AUGUGUCGGGACCUCUUUGGUGACAUUUUCCCCGAUUAUUUUACACCAACACCAGAUGCUCAUGAAUGUACAUUACAAAUGCGCGAUGUUUUAGCAGCACUGCCAUCAACUGAAGAAGACAAUUCUGCAUCGAUCAACGAAUCGGGCAACUACAAUUUCGAGAAGACUGAAUACAACGACUGGGUUGCAUAUGGACAAGCCAAAACCGCCAAUAUCUAUAUGGCCAACGAGAUCGAGAGGCGCUACGGAUCCCAAGGGCUUCAUACCACAAGUGUCCAUCCUGGAAUUGCUGUCGCAACGGGGCUCAUGCAGCAUGUGGAUCCUGCCGUGGUAGCAGAAAUUUCAAAGGAUGAAGGUCUCUACAAAACAAUGAAGACGGCAGCGCAGGGUGCUGCAACAACAGUGUGGGCCGCCAUUGGAAAAGAAUGGGAAAUUAAGGGCGGAGAAUAUCUUGCUGAGUGCGCAAAGACAACCCGUGGGAAUGACAAUCACGAGAUUACAGGUGCAGGGUUUGCAGGGCAUGUCUACGAUCCUGAGGCUGAGGCUCGACUUUGGAAAGAUUCGUUGGCAAUGGUGGGUUUGUCAGACGAUCAGUAA